CACUUGGCAAGUCUGUGUCUGGACCCUGGUCGGCUUCUCGCCCUCCUUCGUCCUCGACUGGCCCACGAUACCUUGCCCUGGACCCCAUUCUCCAUCCCCAAGGGUACCUCGGAUUCCUUCACCCUAGUCGGUGAUACGGGAACAGGCCGGCCAGAGUGGUUCUGUUUCCAGAUCCAGAUCCAGAUCCCUCCAAGUUCCCUAGGGUCGAUGCAUUGGUCCUUGGGAAGUUUUCUCUCCUGCUCACAAGUGCCUAUUUCCCCCUUGACUGGAAGACUCCGGUUCUGCCCGUGGGAAUUCUGCAGAGGAUAGCACCACUACACGGUUGAUCUGCCCUGUUAGCGGCUAUCUCCUACAGCCCUCCCCAGAUCAGCCCACAUUCUCAUCACUUCACAACCUGUUGUUUUUCUUCCUUUCUUUCUCUGCCUCUGUUCUUCCCCACACCUACCUUCUUUGGUGGUCAGCGCCUCUCACGUUCAUAGAGGCUAUCAUCACGAGAUCUUUACCCUGCAUCUGCACUGACAGGGUCACUGCAUAUGUGCCGUGCCAUCCAAUUUCUGUACUGGAAAACCGCUCAGAUAAAUUUUUUUCUUCUUCUAAACAGGCUUUCACCCGACCGAGCCCCAGUGUCCAAGGCAGGACGAACAGGAGGAGGAGGCCUUCCCGCGUCUCCCCACCACCCCAGGUGCCCAGCCGACCACUGGAACUGGGAGUCUCGUUGCCGCCCUCUCAACCGCCCCAGGCGUAACCCUGGUCUCCCCGCACCCCGCGCCUGUCUCCAUUGGGUCUGGGUCAUUAACGUCACGCCAGCCCGGUACAGCCCACCGGUCCAGGCUCAAUAAUAACAACGACAUACAACUCCCGGCGCCCGCAUCACAUGCCCCUCGUGGUGACCGUGUCCCUGCGUCUUUUCCUUCCUUCUCCUCUCCCCAACAAUACUUGAGGCACGGCACCUCACGCAUUGAUCCUGCAGCCGGUGCUCCUGCUACCCAAAGAAACCACAACCACAGAGACGGUCCAGCCGGUUCUCACAAAAUGAUCUUCACAGACCUGUACAAAUCUCCACGAUCACCCUUGUCCAGGUUACGGCACCCCAACCACCCAGCACUUGCGCCAGGCUCGGCCGACUUUGACCCUGACCUGGUCAGCAAGGACAAGUCACGACAGAAGGAGGCCGUCAAAAAACACCUGCAGACCAAGGUCCGAAAUGACUGGGCAUUCGACUGGCCCCCAGAGGAGCACGUGCAUGUACACGUACCUCCAACCCCAGAUGCUGGUCACGACGCACCAGAUGGGGAGGUCGAGGGAUACCUUGAGGUAGCCUCCUCUCAGGCCUCAGAAGACGCAAAUCACGAUGCACUGGAGGGGGACGACACUGCCUUGGACUCGGGCGAGGAGGCGGAUUCAGGCUCCGAUGCUGAAUCGGUCUACAGCAUCAUCUCAGAGGACCCGCUGCACUGGAGACCUCGGCUGGAAUGGGCCUCAGAGCUGUCCGAUGACGAGUUGCCCUACAACUCUCCUACAACCUUCAAAUUCGACACGCCUGACUCGAUCGGUCAGGCCGUGACUGCUUCCAAGAUCGCACGAAAGGCCAGAAGGCGGAAGGAUGUGCGCAAGGAGAUGGAAUGGAAUGACGGUUUAGCAUGUUUCGAGGCCCGGAGGAACGCCUGGACCGGAGCAAAGGUGGCCCGGGUCCGCCCAAAGCCAACAUCACCUACAUCCCCUCUAUCACCAAGGAGAGGCUUCUUUUGGCGAACGCAGACGCAGACCUCAUCCAAUGCCGGAACAUCGCCUCUGACGCCAACGCACUCACAGCCGGACGCUGGGCAACAGCUCCCAUCAGCCGGCGCAGACAGCGACAACUCCAUGCCACUGGAGAGCCUGUCACCAAAGACCUCGCUCAGCGACUCCCAGAAGGCUCCUGAGCUUCUCUGUGUGGAAACCAUGUUGCCUAUUCCACCGCCGCUCUUACCGCCCUCGAAUCCCAUGCGUGCUAGCAUCACACCCUCCCUCUACAAUUCCAUAUACGAGAAGGUUGUUGUGCACAGUCUGCAACCCUCGUGUCCCAUUAACCUCAGCGAUAUGGUACGGGCCUGCGUAGCUGGCUGGAAGCGAGAUGGCGAGUGGCCCCCGCGACCUGCUGCUCCCGAACCCGCCGCCGUUGUCGCCGUUAAACGAAAGAAGAGUACAGUCCAUGGACGUGGGCAUGAUGGAGACAAGGACAAGGAGAAAGUCAGACGAGAAAGCACCGCCGGUGGAGAUGAGGGAAGCGGAGGCUCAGGUACGGGCAAGGCACUCAGGAGAAGCCUGCAGAAGGUCUUGGGGAUUGGGCAUAGCCCCACGAUAACGACCAUGGGUGAUGGACAUGCUGGAGCUCAGCAGCACUAGGUCUCUGGCUAGGAUGUGCGAUAAUGAAGGGCAGUGUGGUCGGCCAGUCACGGAGCUGAAACAUCCUUUCUCUCUCGAGAAUUAUGGCAUGAUGAGCGGUGGAGGCACGAAGGUUUCUUACUGGAAAUACUUAUACCCUAAUUAGCUUUUGUUUGCUUAGCGGACGACUUGUCUGCUGCAGCUAGCAAGGUUUGUGCAUCCUUGCCACAUAUCCGAAAGACAAAUACCAAGUAUCCUUUACCUGCC